GGUAGGGAGAUCAAAUUAGAAUUUACGUCUCUCAGCUGUAAUAAGCUUGUUAUCAAGGCUGGCAAGAGCUCAGGGGGCUGACAGGGGUCAGCUGGGGACUCAAGUGUAAGGAGCAAGUGAAAAAGGGGCAGUGUUGAGCAGAAGAGAGGGCUUAUCUCCAGCAUCUAGCACUACAGAGCAGAGGCUGUGUGGAGGAUGGCUGCAAAAUCGGAAUUGGUGGUAGAAGCAGUUUCCUUUCUGGUUGUGAGUAUGAGCCCGGCAGACACCAUGAGCGCUGCCGCAGGGGAGUGAGCCUGUGCUUGACACAUGUGUUUCCCAUUGAUAGCUGGAGACAGCCCAGUAGCUGUGAGUCGGUCUGACAAAGCCAUAUUGAAGUACAGAGUACGGUUUCAAAGCAGUCAGAAAAAGAACGGGAAUGCUGUUCAGGAAAUUCUUCAGGCAUGGGCAGGGACUUGGCUGCAGUUCUGCAGUUGGAAAAUCUGACUGGGGCAGCUUCUGAGCACAGGCUGGGCCUGCUCACGCUCCGCGGGCCGAGUGGCCACCUCCUUCAGAGCUGCUCAGCACGCCCUGGGAUCGCCAGCGGUUUUCAUCGGCCAGUGUGUGAGCCGGACAGGAGAGAGACAUUACUGCCGGGAGUGUUGAGUGAAGGGACCAGGUGGAGAUGAUGCCUCAGGAACAGUACACUCACCACCGGAGCACCAUGCCUGGCUCCGAGGGGCCACAGGUAUACAAGGUGGGGAUUUACGGCUGGCGGAAACGAUGCCUGUAUUUCUUUGUCCUGCUCCUCAUGAUUUUAAUACUGGUGAACCUGGCCAUGACCAUCUGGAUUCUCAAAGUCAUGAACUUCACAAUUGAUGGAAUGGGAAACUUGAGGAUCACAGAAAAAGGUCUAAAGCUAGAAGGAGACUCCGAAUUCUUACAACCUCUCUACGCCAAAGAAAUCCAGUCCCGACCAGGUAAUGCCCUGUACUUCAAAUCGGCCAGAAAUGUUACAGUGAACAUUCUCAAUGACCAGACUAAAGUGCUGACUCAGCUGAUAACAGGUCCAAAAGCUGUAGAAGCUUAUGGCAAAAAGUUUGAAGUAAAAACUGUUUCUGGAAAAUUGCUCUUCUCUGCAGACGAUAAUGAAGUGGUCGUAGGAGCUGAAAGAUUAAGAGUUUUAGGAGCGGAGGGCACAGUGUUCCCUAAAUCUAUAGAAACACCUAAUGUCAGGGCAGACCCCUUCAAGGAACUAAGGUUGGAGUCCCCAACCCGGUCUCUAGUGAUGGAGGCCCCAAAAGGAGUAGAAAUCAAUGCAGAAGCUGGCAAUAUGGAAGCCACCUGCAGGACAGAGCUGAGACUGGAAUCCAAAGACGGAGAGAUUAAGUUAGAUGCUGCGAAAAUCAAACUACCUAGACUGCCUCACGGAUCCUACACGCCUACAGGAACGAGGCAGAAGGUCUUCGAGAUCUGCGUCUGCGCCAAUGGGAGAUUAUUCCUGUCUCAGGCAGGAGCUGGGUCCACUUGUCAGAUAAACACAAGUGUCUGCCUCUGAAAGACUAUCCAUAGUGGACAUUGACAGCAGCAUCAAGGCCUUUUUUUGGCUUUAGACACUGGCUGCCAGCUAUUUUUACUAGAACACAGAAAGCCUAUCAAAGACCUUUUGUGUGUGUGUGUAUGCGUGUGUGUGUGUGUGUGUGUGUGUGUGUGUGUGUGUGUGUGCUUGAGUGUGUUUGCGUAUGUGGGUGGAUAUAAAUAUAUAUAAAUAUAUAUAAAUAAAUAUAUAUAUCCUCUGUAUAAAAUGAGGUUUCAGUACAAAAGGAACCAUGGGUGACCCUGUGAUAGCCACUGUCAUUUUCCAUCCCAUCCCCACCACCUGUGUGACAAAAAUCUAAAUACACAUCCCUCCCAACAUUCCCCAGACUAUUCAGAAUCACACAGCAUAUUGAACACUGACAGAAUCUUCUUCUAGAUGUUCAAGCAGCAACGUAUCUUCUCCUUUAGUGUCAUUACGAGGGAGUGAUGGCGGGAAUCUCAAAGUCACACUCAAGCUCUGAGACCUCUGUAUCAAAAAUAGGCAUUUGGUUUCCUGUUUUAGCUUUAGUAAAGCUAGCUAACCUCCCCCUCUUCAAGGUUGGGACUGGCAACGCUGUAGAAGUCAGCCACAGGAACCCAAAAUGGCUGCCCUACCUUGGCAGCCAAACAUAUUGAGGUUUUUGUAGUUGAAUGAAUGAGGAGGAUGAAUUUCAGCACAUUUUGAACUACUCACCCAACUUCUGCUGUCUUGCUCCCUCAAACUCCCAGACUCUCCCACAAUCAAAUUAGGAGCUGUAAAUCAGCACAAAAUAAGAUAACAGCUGCUCCUUAGUCAGCUGGAAGCUACUCAAUGGCCUGACAGGCAAUGAACAAAUGGGUGAUAGGUCUCUGUUUAAAGGAAAAAUGGCUUAAAAGCUGUUCUGUUCCCACUUCUGACUUUAUCCAGUAUAUUUCAACACACAAUGAUCAGGUUAAUCAAAAUCCCCAAGAGCAGAACUCCUACUCCAGGAGAAGCCUGCAUGUCUAAUUAAGAGUAGCAUAAGGAAUCUAAUUAUGUUUACCAUGUUUCUUGGGAUUGGUGGGUAAUGUCAAAACAUGUCCUUUAUUUUUAAAGGCAUGCACAAACUCUCUGACUUUGAUCUUAUAUUUGCCCUGGGAUAUUCAUAUUCCUAAAUCCACUAAUGUGUUUUCUCUAAGAAGCACUACAUGCCACCAGAAUUGCUCACUGAAAGAUCAUAUAAACUGAGUCAAGUGUCUUUAUGAGAAUCACUGUGUCCUGGGGGGCCCAGCAGUACCUCCUCCCCUGUAUGUGGAAGCAGCACCCUAAUUCCCGCCAUCAGCUACCUCUCAUCACCCCACCUUCAUUAUCAUGCUCCAGGGUCACCCUGGCCAGCUCUUGUGCUGGGACAGGGGAUUACACCAUCUCUGUUCAAAGAGGAGGAAAUGUGCCUAUGCCUUAAGUCAAUGCACUCAGCAAGGAGAAGCACAUCUAAUUUAUCUUGUUACCUAUAGUUUAUUUUGGGAGAUUGGAGAAUAGUGACUUAGUUAUGACUGGACAUCGGAAAAGCUGAUAGAUAAACCAAAUGGUUGGCAGAUGAGGACUCUCAGGAGCCCAGAAUGAACUCAUCGCUGGCUUAGACAGCCCUGGAUGCCAUCUGGAAAGCAGUGGGCCUGCAAGUCUAAAUGAAAUCGUAUUUGUAGGCCUGGGUGGCAUUUGGGUUUGUUUUUCUUUUCCCUCAAUGAGGUUUUAAUUUUUCUUACUUUACAAGCAAGGGGAGUUUUGUAUAGGAGAUAAAUAAAAGAUCUGAUAUUUUUUUGAGAUGACACUCAAGCAUCAGGCUGAGAUUUACACACACGGAUGUAAAAGCAAGCUGUGUGUUGCUCAGUCACUUACAAGUAGAUCGUGGGAGAUGGGGGAUGGGUCCUGGCCUGGCCAGUGAUGAACCAGUGAUGUUGCUGGCAUCCAGACCCCAAACUCACUCCAAGCACUCUCGCUCAGUAUUUCAUCCAGGGAGUUGGGCUGGUCAUUCUUAGGGUGAGACCCAGUGAUUGGUUGGUUUGCAGCACUAGGGUCUAAAAAGGAAAACCAGAAAAGACAUCAGAUUACUCUGGAUCAGUAGAAUUAAUAUCCCACAGGGCCAUGCUGCCAGAAUCUGUAUGUAUCAAUACAGGGUUUUUCCAAGCCAGGAAAGGCCCUCCUUGGCUAUUAGGAUCAACUUCCCCAUACCAUUCAGAUAGACAAUAAUAGCUACGAAGUCGUUUGUGGCUAGACAGGUUAAGACAGGUGAUUUUAAGUAGACACUCUUUGCAUUUUGCCAUCUCAAGUUCAUUAUCUUUGGAUGACAAAAGAGCAAAAGGUUCCCAGAACAUUUUCCUUAGAUUUUGUUCUAAUCACUACAUGAAAAUGAGAUUAGCACCAGAAGUUUUAUGCCAAUGAAAAAGACUGGUGUGAUUCCACAUGCAAAAUUUUAUCCUAAGGGUAAUGAGAUCACACAUAGAAUAAACAUAAGAACAAUCAACAGUAUAAAUCAAGUACCUAUUGGGAACAGAUAUGAUAAAAUUCUAUUUUUCAUUUAUGCUAAGUGACCACAAUAUACAAAGUAAUAAGCAGGAAAUUUGGUAUGGCUUAAAUUAUGUAUUUCAGUUCAGAUUUCAGAAAUUGGUAGUAAAAUGCAUUCCAAGUUUCUCAAUGUACAUCUUUUUACCCAACACCCUCAAACUAGAAUAUUUGUCCAUGGUCAUGAGAAAAAAUUUUUACCUGAAUUCUUGGGUGGGAAGAAAAGCUUUUACAUUAAAAUCUACUAACACCGACUUUUUAAAAAAUGAGAUUCUUUCUAAUCUUUAUAUGUGAUAUUUUCUAGACAAUCACGCCUUUGGGUAUAUUAAACAGACGGUAUCAUAACAAAGAGUUCAAAUGAACCUUCAAUAUACUAGAAGUUCUAGUAUGUUAAUAUUGUUCAGAAGAUUUUUACAAAUUAAAAACUGAUUUCCAAAUACGUUCGACAUUUACUUCUAUUUGAUAUCUGCUCAAGAAUUCAUAGAAGUCUUAGGAAACUAUUCAAGUAUCACAGAGGCUUUCAAAAGCCCUUAUGGUGACAUCUACCAAGGUAAAAGCCUGACACAUGGCUUUAUAAUUGUUAUGUUAUCCAAGGUAUAAAUGUUAUAAACUUGAAGUGGCUUUGAUCAUCCUUUAGGUCAUUUUCUCUAUGGAUAGUUUUCAUAGCAUAUCCAGCAACCGUAGACCAAAUUUUGCUUGAGGUUUGACCCUAGAGCAGAGGUCAGCAAACUACCACUGAGAAACCAAAUCUGACUCACCACCUUUUCCUGUCAAUAAAGUUUUAUUGUCAUAUAGCCACAUACAUUCAUUUACAUGUUUUCUGAUUUUACACCACAGCAGCAGGGUCAAGUAGCUGUGUCAGAGACUAUGUAGCCCACAAAGCAUAGAAUACUAUUUAGUCCUUUACAAAGUUUGCUGACCCCUGACCUAGAGGUUUUUGUGGUAUGCGUUCGAGAGGGCAGGAAAGAAAGCACAUUUCCCAACAGCAGGGAGUAAGCUUACGUUUUUCUAUGUAGGCUUGGGAAUGUAGUUACUUGGCAAAGUGUUUCAGGAAGGAAGUCCUUCCUUACCCUACAUAUGGAAAGCCUGCUUUCCAAGCCAUGUGGAAGUAAGCGAUUCACCUGCCAGAGAAACAGAGACUCAGAAGAUUCCUGGGAACAGGGAGGAUGGAAUUAGGGGAAGCCUAGUGGAAAAGGAAAGUUAUGAUCUUCCAAGACCCUUCAUGGAUAGACACAUACCAGGUCCUGCAGUCCAGCAUCACUGUGUAAUGAGAAGUGAAGUAGGGGACCCUAUGGUUUACCCUGAGAAUCUCUUUCUUGUAGAGACUAUUCUGCUGUCCAUAUUCAUAUAAAGUUUUCCACCUCACCCUCCCAUAGUCCAGAGGGAUGCCCACUCCAUGGUCCUCUGGAGAAUAUUUUUGAUUUAGCAUGUCUAUUUCUCCUCCAUCACUUCAGUUAUCAACACUGCCACUCUACUUAUUGUUCGAGCCACACCAGGCUUGAAGGGUUAGUGGGAACAAUAAAUAAUUGGAAGUAUUGGAAAAAUCAUCUUAAAAUACAUGGGAACAGAAAAAUACAGUAAAAUUCUUUUCAUCAAGAUGAUUCUGGGAGGAACCAGAUGGAUACCAGUUUGGUUUUAUUUCUAAGAAGCUGGGUCUUUGUUCCGUGGUGCAGAAGGAAUGCAAACAACAACAACAACAAAAGACAUAUUUUGAAAAGAAAUAUUGUUGACAUCUCUGCUUCCGUGUGUUCAGGCAGCUUCCUGUCAGACAUUUGUCCCUUCGGUCAACAUCCCUUUUGUUCAUCCAGGACUUCAUAUUCAAUAUGAAGUUUAAAAAACAACAACAAAAAAGUAUCAGCUAUGGAUGACUCUUUGGAAGUAUGAGUAUUCAUGAUAAGGAGGAAGGAUUUUUUUUUAAUGUAAAUGACCCCCAUUUACCAGACCCUAAUCAAAGCCACUUAAGGGAAUCCCUCGGCUAUUUAUUUGGAAACAGCUGAAAUAAAAUUAAAUUGGCAACACUGCCCUUAGCAGCAUCUAAAUCAGAGGAUCUUUCUUUGUUUAUUUUAGGCCAAAAGUAGCAUGAGGUUUGGACCAAAGAGGUAAACAGAUCCAUACCAAUGUUUCAAGGCUCUAUUAAAGGUCAAAAAUUUCAUUAAACAAGACCAGUUCUCCCUCUUCCCCCUGUCCAAAGAAAUCUUAGGCACAAAAAGGAUAAGGAAACAACUCCUGGAAUGAUACAUUUGCAUGGUGCCCUAGUAGCAGAUCAGGAAAAAGUUAUAAUAAAAGAAACAACCUUCGAAAACAGGUCUUUUAUCUCAAACAUAAAAUGUCUCUCUUGUGGUCUUUCAUCGCUGUCUCCUUGGUGGAAGGUUUCUCUAGUUCCAACAUAUUUCCAUUAAAAUAGUCAAAGCUACAGCAUUGGGAUGUCAGAUGCAUCUCUUUCUUUGUGGUAAUCGGAAUUUAAAAUUAUACAGUUGCCUCUGAAUUUCUCAUGCACAAAGCCAAGCCACUGAUAAGAGAUAAAGCAAUCUGAAGCCUGCUGCUUCAGCCAGCACAGCACACCACAUGCGUUUGCGUUUUCAAAAGCAAUGAGAUUUCUAUGGUUCUUAAAAGCUUUCUUCAUAAUGGAGUCCUUGAAAUUUCUCAAGGCAGGUCUGAAUGGCAAAGGGAAAAUAAUGCCUUGUGGGAGGUUUUCUUUUUGAGUAUCGUUAGAGCACACAUGUAAACUUUUGGGGCAACCCAUGCUCACAUAUGCUAUUUUCUUUGGUUCUCCCCCUGCCUUUCUUUUGUAGAUACUGACAGAAUAGUAGGAAAUUAGCAUCCUCAUUUGAGAGAGAAGAAUGUCACGGGCCCUUGAUGCAAUAGUAAGUGUGAUGUCAUAAUACAGUAUUAAUGAUGCUAUCAAAUCCAUCAAUAAACAGUCUCAAACCUUCCAACAGCAGUGCUCACUGCUGCUCCUCAACUUUAGCCCAGCAAGCAGUAAUAAAUAUCAGCACCCAUUUUGAGAUUUGCAAGUGAAAUAGAACAAAGAAAAAGUCACUGUAAGCAAGAAGCAUGUUUAGGGUCUGAAUCCACCUAUUGCAAUAGGAAGGCAGAGUGGGGUUCCAAAUGCCUCAUUAGGCAUGUGGACAGCCUCACUAGUGAGUGAGUUAAUUUGGCUUCAUCACUGAACAUUAGCUAAGGUCAGCUUAAUAACACAAUUAUGAGACCAGCUUCUUUGAGAGAAGACAAAAGAAAACAUCUGCUUAAUCUAAAAUCUAUUCCACAUGCCUAGAGUUGUCUAACAGUCCCUCACCUUCCAAUGUCUUCACAGCCUACUUCUACAUUUGGGGAUUUUUGGUGAAAUCAGAGGUAGCUCAGAAUUUCAUAAAAUGAGAAAUUCCAAACUGGUCUAUUAGGUUCCAUGGGAACACAGUAGCAAAAGGAUUGUGUGAGGGCAGGAAGAAGACAUUUAUAAACAAGGAAGACAGUAUUUCUCUAGUUCCCAGAUUCAUCUAAUUCAUGCGUUUCUAACAUUUUGGGGGGCCCUAGAUUCUUUUGACAAUCUGAGCAAAUCUAUGAAACUUCUCCCCAAAAAGAACCAUCCCACAAAAUCUUGUAAAACAUCAAAGAGAUUUUCCUGGAGCUAAAGCCUACCCUAAGACAUGGGCAGAAUUCUAUUCUUCAAUGUUAAGAAUAUUUAUUAAUAUUCAUUGAGCUAUUGUUAGGCACUAUGCUAAACAUUUUACAUGCAUUCUUUUAUUUCAUCUUCCAAACAAUCCUUUGAGUUGGGUUCUAAUACUGUUCCAACAUAUGGAUGUGGAAACUGAGGCUUAGAGCACCUAAGAAACUUGCCCAAAGGCACUAGCUAGAAAAUGGCAGAGCUGGAAUGGAGUUUUAACUCCUGACCACUCUGCUAUAAAGUCAUCACAUGUUGAACUAUUUUUUAAGUUGUUUUAAGUUAGGUUUUAAACUAGAUCUUCUUGGGUGGAUGAGGCUAUAGAACUUCUAUUUCCCUGCUUUCUGUAGUCUCUCCCAGUGACAGCAUCCAUACUAAAGUACAGAUACCCGAGGUGAAAAUAUAGAAAACCUGCCUGAAUAAUAGAAUCCAGAACACCAAAAAAUUAAUUUGCUCUGUGUGUGCUUCUUAAGUCAAGCUUUAAAAAAAAAUAGAUUGGAAAAUACCUGGGUGGUUAGCCUCACAUUUAGGAGAAAAUUGUAAUACUCAGUGAUCUGUGGGUGUGUGGCUAAGCAAGUCAGCAUUUCUGUACACAUACAUCUCUUUCCUUUACACUUCCCUUCAAAAGGCAAACAUCUUACUUUAGAUGAUUUACACUAUUUGGUCAGUAUUCUUCUCUACCUUUACUUGUGGCAAAACUGAAGGGAGGGAUCAAAGAGAAGGAAGCUCGUUUUUAUCAUUGUCUCUGUUUCCCUAUAACAAAGAACUACCAGGGAUUCACUGACUGCAUGUAGGCAUACAAUGUCAGAGCUGAGCUGACCACUCUGGUUCUGUAAUGGCUUCAGCCCCACACCUUGGCAGCCAUCGUUAAUGGGCCAUACCCUUCCCCAGGUGGAGAAUUCUCCUCACCAGAGCACUCAGGCCAUCACUACCAAUUCAUCUGAGCAGGAAAUGAGACUUGUUUGCCAAUUCUUAUUUUUAAAGUGGCACCCUUUAACCCUGACCCUGGCCUCCUACAUUCGGCAAUGAGGUUAGUGGUGUUUCAACUGGGAAAGGAGAAAUGAGUGCAUCUGAAGUUCCUUACAGCCUGGUUUCUUUUGGAACGCUUUCAUCUUCUAAGCAAAGAGAUCAGGCUUUGAUCCAUAAGAGUUAAAAGACAAAGUCGUUUUGAAGAAUUAACUCAUCCAGGGGUCAUCCAAACAGAUUAGAAAUCAGAAUGCCCUUGUUUAAAGCCCUGCUGUCAACCUGCCUUCACCCAGAGCUUAGGGGGCUACAGCAGCAAAGAAGUUGGGGUCCAUCCCGCUCCUGUGUGCUUUUUCCACAACAAGUACCUGGUCCUCUGGGAGGAAUGUGGAUAGAGCUCCUCACCAGACCCAAAAGACUCAGCCUCAGUGCCGGUCCUUGACUGGUUCAACACCCCCCACAAGACCUUAGUAAAGAGAUGAGCCAAGAAUGAAAAAGACUCUACAGUAAGUCAGUCAAGGAUUUCUUUUUAAUGGUGUAGCAUCCAAAUGGCAAGCCAAGAAUAAAUAAUCAUUAAAGGGUCUCAUAGGACUAACCUCACCAGAGCCAGAAAUCUGGCUCUCUGGAAGAGAGGGAAGAUUCUAGAAAAGUAAAGGGAAGUGUUGGCUCAUCUAAAUUUAGUGAACACCAAACUGACUUAGUUUUUAAUCUAUUGUUUCCAUGAGGAGGGGAACAAAGUUCUUCACGUAUCAACCACCUCUCCCUGUCAGGUUUCUCCCUUUUUGAGAUUAUGAAGAAGCUGAAACAUACUUCUUUAAGGAGGUUGUGUUUUAGAAGGAAAAGGCAGAGGCCAUCCACCAUUAUGCUAGUUAGAUACACUUCUGAAGAAGCCAGAUUCUGAUGUUCUUAACAGACAUUAAUGGUGAGGUCAUAAUAGUCCCAUUUGCUUGGAGAUUUUGAAAAA